GCCCGGGUGUCCUCGCGCCGCUCGUCCGCGCGCAGCUUGGCAGUUUGCCUCUUCCUCGUCCUCCAGCCUGCGUCCAUGGCCACCGCCGCGGCCGAGGAGCCCUUCCCCUUCCACGGCCUCCUGCCCAAGAAAGAGACCGGGGCCGCCUCCUUCCUCUGUCGCUACCCGGAGUAUGACGGGCGGGGGGUGCUCAUCGCGGUCCUGGACACAGGGGUCGACCCGGGGGCUCCGGGCAUGCAGGUUACAACUGAUGGAAAACCAAAAAUCAUUGAUAUCAUUGAUACAACAGGAAGUGGUGAUGUGAAUACUGCUACAGUAGUAGAACCCAAAGAUGGUGAGAUUAUUGGUCUUUCAGGAAGAGUGCUCAAGAUUCCUGUGAGCUGGACAAAUCCCUCAGGCAAAUAUCAUAUUGGCAUUAAAAAUGGCUAUGACUUCUAUCCAAAGGCACUCAAGGAAAGGAUACAGAAAGAACGAAAGGAAAAAAUCUGGGAUCCUGUUCAUAGGGUGGCCCUUGCAGAAGCCUGUAGAAAACAAGAAGAAUUUGAUGUUGCCAACAGUUGCCCUUCUCAAGCAAAUAAACUAAUCAAGGAGGAACUUCAAAGUCAGGUGGAAUUGCUAAAUUCUUUUGAGAAAAAAUAUAGUGAUCCUGGCCCUGUGUAUGACUGCUUGGUGUGGUCUGAUGGUGAAACCUGGAGAGCCUGCAUUGAUUCAAAUGAAGAUGGGGAUUUGAGUAAAUCUACGGUAUUAAGAAACUACAAAGAGGCCCAAGAAUACGGUUCCUUUGGCACAGCUGAGAUGUUAAAUUACUCUGUUAAUAUAUAUGAUGAUGGAAACCUGCUCUCCAUUGUGACCAGUGGAGGAGCUCAUGGAACCCAUGUAGCUAGUAUAGCUGCUGGGCAUUUUCCAGAAGAACCUGAACGGAAUGGUGUGGCUCCUGGUGCUCAAAUUCUUUCCAUCAAGAUUGGUGAUACCCGACUGAGCACAAUGGAAACAGGCACGGGCCUUAUACGCGCUAUGAUAGAAGUCAUAAAUCAUAAGUGUGACCUUGUCAACUACAGCUAUGGAGAAGCAACUCACUGGCCAAACUCUGGGAGAAUUUGUGAAGUCAUCAGUGAAGCCGUGUGGAAGCAUAACAUCAUUUACGUCUCAAGUGCCGGGAAUAACGGUCCCUGCCUUUCCACAGUCGGCUGCCCGGGUGGAACGACAUCCAGUGUCAUAGGUGUUGGUGCGUAUGUUUCUCCUGAUAUGAUGGUUGCUGAGUAUUCUCUGAGAGAGAAAUUACCGGCAAAUCAGUACACAUGGUCUUCAAGGGGCCCCAGUGCUGAUGGGGCCCUUGGAGUAAGUAUCAGUGCACCAGGCGGAGCCAUCGCUUCUGUUCCCAACUGGACAUUGAGAGGAACUCAGCUAAUGAACGGGACGUCCAUGUCUUCUCCCAAUGCAUGUGGAGGCAUCGCCCUGAUACUUUCAGGUCUGAAAGCUAAUAAUGUUAACUACACGGUUCAUUCAGUCAGAAGAGCUCUAGAAAACACUGCAGUAAAGGCUGACAAUAUAGAAGUAUUUGCCCAAGGACAUGGUAUUAUUCAGGUUGAUAAAGCCUAUGACUACCUCGUUCAGAAUACAUCAUUUGCUAAUAAAUUAGGUUUCACUGUUACUGUUGGAAAUAACCGCGGCAUCUACCUCCGAGACCCUGUUCAGGUGGCUGCACCUUCAGAUCAUGGCGUUGGCAUUGAACCUGUAUUUCCAGAAAAUACUGAAAAUGCCGAAAAAAUAUCCCUUCAGCUCCAUUUAGCUUUAACUUCAAAUUCAUCUUGGGUCCAGUGUCCCAGCCAUCUGGAACUCAUGAAUCAAUGUAGACACAUCAACAUACGUGUGGAUCCGAGGGGCUUAAGAGAAGGAUUGCAUUACACAGAGGUCUGUGGCUACGAUAUAGCAUCCCCCAAUGCAGGUCCUCUGUUCAGAGUUCCAAUCACUGCCGUUAUAGCAACCAAAGUAAAUGAAUCAUCACAUUAUGAUCUGGCUUUGACAGAUGUACAUUUUAAACCUGGUCAAAUUCGAAGGCAUUUUAUUGAGGUUCCUGAGGGUGCAACAUGGGCUGAAGUCACUGUGUGUUCGUGUUCCUCUGAGGUGUCCGCCAAGUUUGUUCUUCACGCGGUACAGCUCGUGAAGCAAAGAGCAUAUCGAAGUCAUGAAUUCUAUAAGUUCUGUUCCCUUCCAGAAAAAGGAACACUGACUGAAGCUUUUCCUGUCUUAGGUGGGAAAGCAAUUGAGUUUUGCAUUGCUCGUUGGUGGGCAAGUCUUAGUGAUGUCAAUAUUGAUUAUACCAUUUCUUUCCAUGGAAUAGUGUGUACUGCUCCUCAGUUAAACAUUCAUGCAUCGGAAGGCAUCAAUCGUUUCGAUGUUCAGUCCUCCUUGAAGUAUGAAGAUCUGGCUCCCUGCAUCACCCUGAAGAGCUGGGUCCAGACCCUGCGCCCACUGAGUGCGAAGACAAAACCUUUAGGAUCAAGAGAUGUGUUGCCAAAUAAUCGUCAGCUUUAUGAGAUGGUCCUGACAUACAACUUUCAUCAGCCCAAGAGUGGGGAAGUAACUCCAAGCUGCCCGCUACUUUGUGAACUAUUAUAUGAAUCAGAAUUUGACAGCCAACUGUGGAUUAUAUUUGACCAGAACAAAAGACAGAUGGGUUCAGGAGAUGCCUAUCCACAUCAGUAUUCUUUGAAACUGGAGAAAGGAGAUUAUACAAUUCGACUACAGAUUCGUCAUGAGCAGAUCAGUGAUUUGGAACGUCUUAAAGAUCUUCCAUUCAUUGUUUCUCAUAGAUUGUCUAAUACCUUGAGCUUAGAUAUUCAUGAAAAUCAUAGUCUUGCACUUCUAGGAAAGAAGAAAUCAAGUAAUUUGACAUUACCACCCAAAUAUAACCAACCAUUCUUUGUUACUUCCUUACCAGAUGACAAAAUACCUAAAGGGGCGGGACCUGGAUGCUACCUUGCAGGAUCCUUAACAUUAUCGAAGACUGAACUUGGAAAGAAAGCUGGGCAGUCUGCAGCCAAACGACAAGGAAAAUUUAAAAAGGAUGUGAUCCCUGUUCAUUACUACCUAAUACCUCCACCAACAAAGACUAAGAACGGCAACAAAGACAAAGAAAAAGAUUCAGAAAAGGAGAAAGAUUUAAAAGAAGAGUUUACUGAAGCGUUACGAGAUCUUAAAAUUCAGUGGAUGACAAAGCUGGAUUCUAGUGACAUUUAUAAUGAAUUGAAAGAAACGUAUCCUAAUUAUCUUCCUCUGUAUGUUGCAAGACUUCAUCAGUUGGACGCUGAAAAGGAGCGGAUGAAAAGACUUAAUGAAAUUGUUGAAGCUGCAGAUGCUGUUAUUUCUCAUAUAGACCAAACGGCCCUAGCGGUUUAUAUGGCCAUGAAGACUGACCCCAGGCCCGAUGCAGCUACUAUAAAAAAUGACAUGGACAAACAGAAGUCUACCCUCGUGGACGCUCUUUGUAGAAAAGGAUGCGCCCUCGCCGACCACCUUCUUCAUGCCCAAGAUCAAGAUGGGGCUGUUUCAAGCGAUACCGAAGGAAGAGAGGAGGAAAGAGAAAAUACUCUGGAUUCUGUGAUGGAAACUUUUUGGGAAACUACAAAAUGGACUGAUCUUUUUGACAAUAAGCUCCCUGGCCAGAAGAGGAAGAAAAUAUAUGGAGUGUGGCUAAGCUGGGCUCUGAAGAAGACAUUGUGUUUAGUUUUAACAUUUGCAUACAAGCAUGCAUUAGUACAUAAAUUGUAUGGGAGAAGCCUUAAAUUUGCAACUAAACUUGUGGAAGAAAAACCAACAAAAGAAAACUGGAAAAAUUGUAUUCAACUGAUGAAGUUGCUUGGAUGGACCCAUUGUGCGUCUUUUACUGAAAACUGGCUCCCCAUCAUGUAUCCUCCUGAUUAUUGUGUAUUCUAAAAUAGGAACCAAGACUUUAAAUUUUAAAAAAGAAAGUUUUAUAGUGAAUGGAUAUAAAAACAAAUUUGUGGCAUUUUUAGUCUAAUGCAUGUUUUGAUCCGCUCUCAAAUACUGAUUAUUAAAAUGAUGUGUAUUUAUCAGAGAAUUUGCUGGCGUGUGGCUUAAUACAUGUAAGUCUAGACCGCUGACAUCAUGGUGUUUUUUUAAUGCCUCCAUCGCUGGCAGCGGCCUUGCCCUGACUGCCGGCACCAAGGACUUCCGGUUGGGUUGCAGCUGAUACAUGCAUGAUCAGUUUUGAACAGUGACUUUUAACUGCAAACCUGUAAAAUUCUAUUUUUUAUUUUAUAAAUGAACAGGGUUUUAACAUGCUCUACUUUAAUUUUUUCAAUUGUAUGAAGGCCUUAAAAAGCUACAUUAAGCGUAGCUAAAAUUAUUUAUUGGACUAAAAAGGAACACAACUUCCAUUUCCAGAUUUUACUUUUUUUUCUUUUAUCUUUUUUUUUUUUUU